AUGUCCCUUGAAAUAGAACCCCAGCUACUAGAGGGAAAUACAGGCAUGAAGGUAUUUACCUCUAUGACACAAGAUGAACGUAAACGCAUGCAGACAGAGGCAGAUGCUCGUUCUAUUUUUGUGAGCAACAUACACAGAGAUAUAACCCCUGAUAAUAUAGAAGAACAUUUUGGACAAUGCGGAUCCAUAGAGAGAAUAACUGUAGUCAGUGAUACACAUCAUAGAGAUCUAGCACAUGCUUAUGUCGAGUUUGAUACAGAAGAAAGUAUGACAAGAGCUCUUGUUUUAGAUAAAUCUGAAUUUGAAGGCAAAGCUAUUACAGUUGCCAAAAAAAGAACAAACAUUCAUUCUUAUAAGAAGCAUACAGCAACAAAAAAACAAGUCAAAUAA